AUGUCGCAUCAGACCGACCAAGAGGGUGGGGCCAGAUCUAGGGCUACUAAAAAGGCCGCCGCGCAAACCAAUCAAACGAAACGUGCGGCGGGGAAAAAGGCUGAGGUGGGAAAGCAGAAGCCCGGGAAGAAGGCAGAGGACAAGGGGAAGCAACCAACGGCACGCAAGCGUGUUUCGGCCGUCAGGAGCGAUGCGGAUGUUGCCACUGCUGCCCUCGAGCCCGGUCCUUCUGACGACGGCGCCAUCGGCGGGAACGAAGACCCUGGGCGUGGCGGCGUGAGUGUUGCCGUCCGGUCGGGGGACAGAGAGGGCUUUGCGACUGGAGGAAAGCACGGCGACUCUCCCCGCCAAGAUCAGGCCGCAACUUCGACGUCCGUGGCAGAGGCAAAGCAGCAGCAUCUGACGCUGCCCCACCCGCCCGUGGUCGAAAUAUCUGCUGCAGUGAUAGAUAAGGAGAAGGAUGCUGCGCACGAUUGCACGGAGGGGCCGAAACACGACAUUGCCGACGUAGGUGGAUCUCCUCCCUCUGGGGGACGCGGGAGGCGUAGGCAGAGGAAGAGCGAUGGUGAGGAGGAGAAUGACACCCCCGUGGCUGAGGACAUGCCCAUACGCGCGAAGAGGAGGCAGACGACAGCCAGCGGUGACGACGCCGGUGGUGCUGAAGUUGGGACAAUGCGAGGCACCACGGCGCCAAGUGGCUUGGCGGCAGAUCAUGCAAUGCGGCAUAAGGUGGGAUCCGGUCCGAGGAAACCAUCUAGCGGACGGAGGGGGAAGCAAUCUUCGGGGGGGAAUAGGCCGAAGCGCGGCAAAGAAGGCCCUGGUGAAGCGGAUGUUGAGGACGAGGGGGAUGGGGAGGAGGAGGCCGAGGAGGAUGCGGAGGAGGAGGACGAGGAUGCAGGGGAGGGAGAAAAGGACGAGGAUGAGCAGGAGGGCGACGAUGAUGAUGAGGAGGAGGAGGAGGAGGAGGAGGAGGAGGAGGAGGAUGAGGAUGAGGACGAUGAGGAGGACGAUGAGGGGGACGACGAGGAUGAGGAGCAGGAGGAGGAGGAGGAGGAUGAGGAGGAGGAGGAGGAGGAGGAGGAGGAGGAGCAGGAGGAGGAGGAGGAGGAGGAAGAGGAGGAGGAGGAUGAUGAGGAGGAGGAUGAGGAGGAGGAGGACGACGAGGAGGAAGAGGAGGUGGAGGAAGGGGCGGAUGAGGAGGAGGAGGAGGAGGAGCCGGCAGGGAAAGGACGGGGCGCGCGAGGCGGACGGGGGAGUGGCACAGGGAAUGUGGGGGGCCGGUCUGGACAAUCCCGGAAACGCGGGGCGGGUGACGCAAUGCGUGCCGGACCAGCGGGCAAAUCGAAGGCGCGUAAGGUGAAGGUUGAACUUGACCGGGGUGGAAGGAAGCAAGUGAGACAGGGAGCUAAAGGCGAUGGAGACGGAAAGGGACCGCGCGCGAAAGGGGUACCUGUGGGUUCGGCAAAGAAAGAACCUGCCCACCCUAACAACACCGUGUUCCACCCGUCUUUUCCCGCCGCAGGGAAGGAGAAGGUUGACGAAUCGGCUAACCCGGGCAUUGGGCCACCGGUAACCGUGCAACGGAUGCAGCUAGCGAAAGGGGCCGGAAGAGCGAGUGUGGCACCGCUAUCCACAGGAGGACCAAGGUUCUUCACGCCAUACUCCGGCCCGAGCAAAGUCGCUGCGACUGCACCCGGCGCGGCAACAGGCGAGGAAUCCGAAUCCCCUCCACCAGCCCCCGUCACGCACUCCCCACUCGCCUCUCCCUCAUACCCAUUUCGGCCACUACACGCUUCUCCAGCCCGGGGCAGGGCGGUCUCCCCCCUCGCCGGUCCAUCGCGUGUGCAUCAACCAAGCACCUUUGCCAAUCCCUUCCCUGAGCUUCCCUUUUCCCGCCAGCGUGAUAGUGUGAGGGCACACGGUGCUGCUGUAGAAGACAUUGAUCCCCUUGGCCAGAGAGGGGUUUCUACACACCCUUUUCCGGAUGUCAUGGAUGCGCUGGCGGAAGGUGCAGAGCACGGGCAGUUUGUUACACGAGACGAGUUCCAGCAGCUACGGUCUGAGAUGUACGCCAUGUUUGCUCAGCUCGGCCUGCGUCGGGGAGCAACUGCCAGCUAUGCCGGGGGGGCCGCAGUGGUGCCGAUGGGUGGUACCCCGCCGCCGAUGAGUGCCGUGGACAAGGCACGUGUGCUUGUGCUGCAGGAGACCAACCCAUUCCCGGUAUGUGGCGGGUUGGGGUUGACACGGCGGACGCAAGAGGGUGUGACGUGGCGGGAUGUGUGGCUUGGUGCUGACGUGGCACCUUGGAAGGGCACACGGGAGCGGCGCUCAACGAGGCGCCGCGUGUCAGGUGGGUGGGGUGUGACGUGGCAUGGGGUGGGCGGGUGUGACGUGGCACGUGGGGCUGGCUGCUACCUGACGUGGCGGAUGCAGGAGGGUGUGCCGUGGCGGGAUGUGUGGCUUGGUGCUGACGUGGCGGCUUGGAAGGGUACACGGGAGCGGCGCGUGACGAUGCUACACGUGUGCGGUGGGUGGCUUGGUGACGUGGCAUGGGGUGGGCGGGUAUGA